UACGAAUGGAAGUCGGGCCGCGCGGGCAAAGGUUCUCAUUCAAAAAAGAAAAAAAACUAGUAACCACCAAUGCUCUCGCUGCAAUACGAGAGAAUCCUGUUCAAGAUGGAGUCGUAUUUGAAAUGAAAGAUCUCCGAAGAACGCCAGAACAGGCAAACGCUCUGCAUCCAACAGCGCGGAUGGAAAAAUUAAAUAUAUCGCCAAGAUACAAAGGAGUGCCAUAUCCCACCUUGAGAGACAUUAAAACGGGAUGUUACCGCCAAGUUGGCUGAGACCUUGCUCGUCCAAUUAAAGCAUCCAUAUGUGAGGACUUUGGUGGAAAAGUCACCGGAACAUUAGCCGACGCCGCUGUGGACACGAGCCAGGCUGACUGAGAAGAACGUGGUCUUUUCUCCGAAGCCACUCGGCAAGGCAGCGCCAAAAGGGAGAGAAGCGGGAUUCGGGUUGCUGAGGACCUUCGGAGACAGCAUUGUUGGCGCGAAGCUCCAUAUUUGGGCUUGGCAACGUCUGACAGCCAGGCAAAAGGCACGCGAUUGCCGGGAAACGAAGCACCAAGAUGGGCACGGGCACGGACUCGGAGAGAGAACGAACCCCAUCGCUCCAGUAAGCGAGCUGCCAGCCCGCCAGAAACACCUGACAUCACGAAGGCGGAUGGGAUGGAGGACGUCCGGUGUGAACGUCGAAUUAAAGUUGGACAAUCAAGAACCUUGGGGUGCUGACUCAGCUACGCAGGCCACCUCGCAUCAUCAAUGGUGGCAAUCGGGGGAAGGGAGGGGACCGCGCCGGCAUCGUGACCACGGGAAGGCCGUCAACGUCCAGGAGAUAUGGGCCGGCUCACUGUGGAGCAUCCCGAGAUGCGGCACCCGGACACACUGGGCUAAUUGACUAGUUCGGUGCAAUUUGAGAACCUUGCGCGUGUAAGGCCAACUCUGCCAGUGCAGAGCGAGUUGGCCAGAGAGAGUCUGGCUGGAUGUAUCUUUGUAUCCUCCUUGCGUGGAUGGAAACUUACAUGCGUUAAAUAGCUAUCCAGGCCCAAGUUCUCCUCCCCCCAGUCACAAUCGAAACAGGGACCUUGACCUUGCUUUCCAAAAUGCAACUAUAUCUCGUUUCCCUUUUGGCCGUUGUCAGCCCCCUUCAUGCUGCUCCCCUCGCAGGGCGAAAUUCUUACCCUGGUCAUGAUCUCCCUGCAUGGAAUCAUGGCGCAGUCACUCAAUACCCUAUCCAUGAUUCCUGCAACGUCACUGAAAGGCGGUUGAUCGAGAGAGGACUUCAAGACGCCAUCACCCUAGCCAACCACGCAAAAGAGCACGUUCUCCGAUUUAGCAAUAGCUCUUCCAUAUACCGGAAAUACUUUGGUAAUGCUCCCUCAGGAGAAGUUAUUGGCAACUUGGACAGAAUCGUCAAUGCCAAUAAGGCGAACACUCUAUUCCGCUGCGACAAUCCCGACGGUAAUUGCAAAUUACCAAAAUGGGGUGGUCAUUGGCGGGGGUCUAACGCUACCGGUGAAACCGUGAUCUGCCCGCUGUCAUAUACAACUCGGCUAUUCCUUGAGUACUUCUGUACAAGAGGUUACACCGUUGCCGGUUCACCUCUCAAUACAUACUUCGGUACUGACCUGCUGCACCGGCUGUACCAUCUCCCUGCAAUCGGAGAGGGCCAUAUCGAACAUUUCAGCGAUUCAUACGAGGAUGUGCUCGAGCUCGGAGCCCAUAACUCUUCUUUUGCCGUCCGUGAUAGCAAUGCCCUCCAAUAUUUCGCUGCGGACGUGUAUGGUUUUGACAUAGCCGUUCCGGGAAUUGGAUGUGCAGGGACUCCUUCCCCAAAGCCAAGUACUACCUCGCAACCUCCAGGGACAACGACAGCCGCUGUGCCACCUGGUUGUCAUACACAUGACGGUGGUGUCAUUCAUUGCCCUUGAUUUGCGAACGCGCUUAUUGGCCCGUAACUGUAGAUCAGCACGGCCUCGGAUUGGAUAUUUUGAUGAUGCGUUUGCCCCGCGCAGUAUCUUGAAUAGAAGUGGGAAAUACCGAAUUCUUGUUUUAAAAACUGUUCGUUCCCAUGCCGAUGGAAUGGCCUGCUAACGGACAAUGUACAUACAUAUGCCGAAAUGAAAGUAGUAACGCGAAA